AUGGCUAGCUUUCAUAAGAUGCUCAAAUGGCCUCUUCCUUCCCAUAAUCAAAACAGUCACUACACGACAGUCCACUCGGCAAACGAGACAGAGAGGUCGGAUGAAAUGGAGCUGUUGUCGGAAAAGCCGAUCUCAAGAUCUCACUUAAGAUCUCGCAGGCAUAUCUGGAUUUAUAACAGCAUCUUGCUUCUCUCCUUCAUGCUCGCUGUGAGUUCCCUUCUAGUGGCAUUCACAAGUCACUACACUAUUGUGCGACGAAACCUCAUUGAGGUCAAUCUGCCAUAUGGGAACCCCAUUCCGCCAGUCCCAUUGGAAAUGAGAAAGUUCGGGCCAGCCGAGAUCUUCACUGAGCGUUCGAGUGCCCGAAGCGAUGCUGCAUGGGAGGCUCUCGCCGGUCCAACCCUUAAUGAUCAAGGCUUCAUUUACGUCCCUAACUGGGAAGAUUUGAAGCUACCCCCAGGAGGAGUGGUCCACGGAGAGAUGAUGUACGGCAUUAGCAUGUUUCAUCAGCUUCAUUGCCUGGUGAGUGGUCCCGGCGAUCGAUUCAUUUUCUCUCUAUCGGGCAACAGUGCGCUAAGUGAUUCUCUCAAGGGCGCCAUUCGCCAUGUUUUUUGGCAGCUGAUGGAUGGUAAACUCGACCCGGUGGCUUUUGAAGCUCUCGAUGGAGAUACUACCGAUCCAAACUUUAUCCCCCGGGGUCAUGGAUUAUGGCACAUCGAGCAUUGCUUCAACUACGUCCGCCAUGCGUUGCAAUGCUAUGGAGACACUACUAUGGAAGUUCCAACCGACUUCAAUGGGCAGUUAAUCUUCAUUGGAUGGAAUACGACACACCAAUGUCGCAAUUUUGACACCAUCUGGGACUACACAGUGAAGCAUUCUACACUAGAUGGUAUGCCAUGA